AUGACCAGCGCCCGUCUCCAUUCCCCCGCGGGGAAACGGGCGUACGAACCCCUCGUAUCCAGCCUCCUCAACCCACACGACGCCCCGAAGCACGCGCGCGACACCUCGGACACCGCACGCUCGUCGCGCACUGAGUCCUACGACGACUCCCGCGCGUCUACCCCGGACUAUCAGCCGCUCGAGGUGAACUUCAGGCGAGCCGAUAUUGACCGCAACUGGAACGAGAAACCCGAAAAUGCUGCCGCUGCCGCCCGGCUCGUCAUCACGGGGGAGGACGAGCACGACGAGCACGUCCAUCUUGUGGGUGCCGCGGGGAGGCAGUCGGAGGAGGUGUACGAGCGAACGCUCAACUGGUGGAGGGCGGGCAUCCGGCGCAUUAUAGUGCGGCGGGUGGAGCAGGAGACGAAAUGGCUUGCUGUCAUGCAGGAACGCGUACGGACACCUCUCCUGGAUUCGUACUUCGUGUAUACGUCCUCCCUGGGGACGCACACGUUCUUCAUGGUUAUGCUGCCCAUGUUCCACUUCUUCGGCGCAGCCGAGUUCGGUAGAGGCCUUCUCCUGAUGCUCGCUGUCGGCGUGUACAUUACCUCGUUCAUGAAGGACCUGUUCUGCUGCCCGCGUCCGUUUGCGCCGCCGGUUACCAGACUCACUCUCGGCAACCAUCACUUGGAGUACGGAUUCCCCUCCACGCACUCCACGAACAGUGUCUCCAUCGCGCUAUUCUUCUUCUCGCUCGUACAGCGGCUCCACACCCCUCCCGCCGUCAAGUCUGUCGUUGAAUCUGCCGUGUCCUCAAUUAACGGCACUUCCGACGUUCUGCCCGCGGUCGAAACCCUUGUUCGGUCCGAGGCCAUAAUCUCGACUACGACAUACUGGGCUCUCAUCGGUGUCUUGGUAUUCUACGUAUUCUCCAUUGUGUACGGUCGCCUCUACACGGCCAUGCACUCCUUCACCGACUGCUUCGGGGGCAUGUUCGUCGGCGCCGCCAUCUGGGCACUGCACAUUCUCAUUGGACCCCAUGUCGACGCGUGGGUGCGCAAUAACGGCUGGAUAGUCCCUGCGGUCAUAGUGCCGCUGUGUCUGUUCCUGGUGCACAAGCACCCGCAGCCGGUGGACGACUGCCCGUGCUUCGAGGACGCGAUCGCUUUCAUCUCGGUCGUGAUGGGCGAGUUCCUGGCCCGGUGGUUCAUGCAGCACAACGGCUACGACCAAAGCUUCUUCGUGCGCGCGAUGCCGGGCAGCUCCUGGGCAACUUGGGCGGACGUCGGACUCUGGUGGACGUUCGCAGCCAUCAAGAUGGUCAUCGGCGUGUUGGCGAUCGUCAUCUGGCGCAUGCUCGCGAAGUCGAUCUGCCACUUCAUCCUCCCGCCCACCUUCCGGUUCCUCUCACACGGCCUGAAGCUGCCCAACCGCCGCUUCUACACGCCCGCGACGGACUACACGUCCAUGCCCGUGGACAAGGGCCUGCGCCCGUUCCCGUCCGUGAUCGACCUGCCCGGGAUGGUCGAGUACGAAGUCGACGGCGUGGGCGCGGACGCCGCCGCGGCCAGCACGGCACGCGGGAACGGGCUGCGCGCAUACAGCGCCGCGAUCAAGCAGCGCGGCGGUGGCGGGCGGAACAAGCAAGAAGCAGCAGUGUCGGAGUCCGAGAAGCACGCGCGCGAGACGGACGAGCGGGACGCGCAGGAGUGGGGCGCGGCGACGCGCGCGGAGGAAGAGCAGGACGUGAAACACUACGACGCUGAUGUGUUGACGAAGGUGUUCGUGUACUGUGGGAUUGGGAUGCUCGCUGCGGGCGGCAUCCCGAUCAUGUUCGAGGUGCUCGGCUGGGGGUUAAUAUGA